UGUUUUCCAAACCGGAAAUGGCAUCCGUUCGGAAUUGACAGCACUCCCGAAGAUGGCGGGGGUGUUUGAGGUGGAGGUUGAUGGUGUAGAACACGAUCAUGGACUCGGACAUCACGAUGAACCAAAUCAGGUCGACUUGUCCCAUCUGUCACCGGAGGAGAAGUGGAGGUUGGAGCAUGCCAGGAUGCAUGCAAAACACAAGGGUCAUGAGGCCAUGCACGCUGAGAUGGUGCUGAUCCUUAUUGUCACCCUGGUCAUCGCCCAGCUGGUCCUUGUGCAAUGGAAACAGAGGCACCCCAAGUCCUACAAUCUGGUGACUCUGUUCCAGAUGUGGGUGGUUCCUCUGUACUUCACCACCAAGCUUCACUGGUGGAGGUUCCUUGUCACAUGGUUCAUCUUCUCUGUGGUCACUGCAUACGUUACCUACCGGGCCACACGUAAGCCACUGGAGUGCACUACGCCUAGGCUGGUCUACAAAUGGUUCCUCCUCCUCUACAAGAUCAGCUAUGCCACAGGGAUAGUGGGCUACUCUGUCGUCAUGUUUACACUGUUUGGCAUCAACUUGAUAUUUAGAAUAAAGCCAGAGGACGCAAUGGAUUUUGGUGUGUCCUUGCUGUUCUAUGGUCUGUACUAUGGUGUCCUGGGUAGGGACUUUGCUGAAAUGUGUGCAGACGUCAUGGCAUCGACAGUGGGGUACUACAGUGCGUCUGGAAUGCCCACCAAGCACCUCUCUGACAGUAUCUGCGCUGUGUGUGGCCAGCCCAUUCUGGUCGACGUCAGCGAGGAGGGAAUCAUUGAGAACACCUACAGACUAUCCUGCAACCAUGUAUUCCAUGAGUUCUGCAUACGAGGAUGGUGCAUUGUGGGAAAGAAGCAGACAUGCCCGUACUGUAAAGAGAAGGUGGACCUGAAGAGAAUGUUCAGUAACCCCUGGGAGAAGCCACAUGUCAUGUAUGGACAACUCCUGGACUGGCUCCGCUACCUUGUUGCUUGGCAACCCGUAAUCAUUGGACUUGUGCAAGGCAUCAACUAUAUCCUGGGCCUAGAGUGAUCUGGGAAAGUGGAGGAGAGGGACACACAAGCCGUAUGGAGAAGAUACUGCACUGGUCUGACUGAGGGAGACUUGGAGGCCUCACCAUGGACUCUACGAACAUCUAUUAUAAACUGUGUCUAUACCUGUACUAUUUGUAUAGAUUUAUAGGCACAUAGUAUCUGUAUUUAAGAUUUAUUUGAAUUUUACAAGUAAUCUGGGUUUAGAUGUCGGUUUCAUUUUUGUUUAGUCAGUCGCAACUAAACCAAAUGCAGUGUACAUUUCUUAGCUUAGUAAAAUGGUUGUUUUUUCAUGGAGAUGCUUUUUCCCAAAAUAAUUUGUCUUAACUUUUCUUGUUGAUAUUUGUUGGAUUCUAUGGCAACGAGUAGUUAACACUGCUCAGAUGAAUGAGUGGAGCAUUGCAGAGUGACAGUCGUUUUGUGUGUUAAAUCUGCGCCUUUCGUUAGUGAAGGUCCUGGUUGAAUGUGGCUGCUGGGGGGAGAGUUUCUGGUUCCUCAGGAGCACUAGUCUCAGACAGUGUAUCUUAUCCUACUACAGUCAUAAUUUUAAGAAGGGCACUGCUUUCUCCAAUAUACCCUCCUCGCGCCUCCCUCAGAUGGCCUCUCCUGUCUAUUCAGCCCAGAUGGCUCUUCAGGAACAGAUACUGUAAAAGACAGUGUUUGCAAGAAGGUGAAUAACAUUUGAUCAUUUUGGUUGGGUUUACUUUCUUGUCAUGUUUUUGUUCUGUUAAUAAACGUGACACAGUCAA